AGUCUCGUCGCGGCCGCUGGGCUCCGCUGUUCACCUCCGGCGCGUGUGAUAUAUUCCGUAAACCUUAUAAGCGAGACGACCCGGACACACUUUCCGUCACUGCUGCAGGGUUUCCAACGAUAGUAUAAUACACAAAAUACUCGUGUGCGCGUCUGUAUAUUGUAUACUGCACACGCAGCAUCGGUGAAUACUGAUAGUGCAGUGAGUGAUCGCGAGUGUUUAUUGUAUACGUUGAUGGAAGUAUCAUCGUGUAUACUUGCUUAUGUAGGAUAUAUACCUGUGCAGCGCGUAUAGGUAUACAUAUCUACCUACCUGCAAGACUGAAUCAGUAUAGUGUACAGGGCGCUGGAGACGCGCCGCCGAGGAGAAAAGCAUAGUAUCAGCAUCAAAGACGAGGGGAAAACUUUCGGGAGCAACAGGCCGUCGUCUCCGGAGAGCGAGGCGGAUGUUGGCAGUCAUGACUACCACCGAUCCACGUUGACUUCGAGGAGCCGUUUCUGCUGACCGGAGGCCCGCCGACCUUCAAGAUGGGUGAGAUCCUGGGCUCGGCGAGCUUCCUCCACCUCGGCGAUAUCGUCAGCCUCUACGCUGAGGGAAAUGCCUCCGGCUUUCUCUCGACGCUCGGAUUGGUCGAUGAUCGCUGCGUCGUGUGUCCGGAGGCUGGCGACUUGAGCAACCCUCCAAAGAAGUUCCGAGAUUGCCUGUUCAAAAUAUGUCCUAUGAACCGGUACUCGGCCCAGAAGCAGUUCUGGAAGGCCGCGAAGCAAAGCGCCACCUCCACCACAGACGCUGUACUGCUCAAGAGGCUACACCAUGCCGCCGAGAUCGAGAAGAAGCAGAACGACACGGAGAACAAGAAGCUGCUGGGAACCGUCGUGUCUUACGGGAACGUCGUGCAGCUGCUGCAUCUCAAGUCGAACAAGUUCCUCACGGUGAACAAGCGGCUGCCGGCUCUGCUGGAGAAGAACGCGAUGAGGGUGUACCUGGACGCGAACGGAAACGAGGGAAGCUGGCUGUACAUAAUGCCGUUCUACAAGCUGAGAAGCGACGGUGACAGUGUCGUCGUCGGGGACAAGGUGAUCCUCGAGCCGGUUAACGCUGGGAGACAGGGACUGCACGUGGCCGCCAAUUACGAGCUCAACGAUAAUCCUGGAUGCAAGGAGGUCAACGUCGCCAGUGCGGCUACUUCCUGGAAGGUUACUCUGUUCAUGGAGCACAGGGAGAACCAGGAGGAGAUACUCAAGGGCGGGGAUGUCGUCAGAUUAUUUCACGCCGAGCAGGAGAAGUUCUUGACAAUGGACGAGUACAAGAAGAAGCAGCACGUUUUUCUGAGAACGACGGGCAGGACGAGCGCGACCGCCGCAACGAGCAGCAAAGCACUGUGGGAAGUUGAGGUAGUGCAGCACGACCCAUGUCGCGGAGGAGCAGGUCACUGGAAUUCUCUCUUUAGGUUUAAGCAUUUAGCGACGGGCCAGUACUUAGCAGCCGAGAUCGAUACGGACGAGCCGGUCGAGACCAUAAAGGGCGGCAAACGGGAACCACCGGGUGCCGUCUACCGGCUGGUCUCGGUUCCGCACAGCAACGAAAUUAGCUCGCUGUUCGAACUCGACCCGACGACGUUAACUCGCGGCGACAGCUUAGUACCGCAAUCUUCCUUCGUAAGGCUGCAUCACAUUUGCACAAACACGUGGGUUCACUCGACCAGCGUGCCUAUCGAUAAAGACGACGAGAAGCCUGUCAUGUCAAAGGUCGGAUGCGCGAUCAGUAAAGAGGAUAAGGAAGCGUUCGCCCUACGCUCGGUUUCGCCGGUCGAGGUACGUGACUUGGAUUUCGCGAACGACGCCUGCAAAGUUCUGGAAUCGAUCAGCAGUAAGCUCGAGAAGGGCACGAUAUCGCACAACGAGAGGCGCGCCGUCACCAGUCUCCUGCAGGACAUAGUUUACUUCAUAGCUGGUCUUGAAAACGAGCAGAAUAAGUCCGAGGCGCUCGAGCUCAUCGUCACCAAUCCCGUGAGAGACCGACAGAAGUUACUUCGAGAGCAGUACAUACUCGGACAACUGUUCAAGAUACUACAGGCUCCGUUCUUAGAGUCAGCCGAAGGAGAGGGACCGUUUUUGAGAAUCGAAGAACUGAAUGAUCCAAGACAUGCGCCGUACAAAUAUAUGUUUCGACUGUGUUAUCGUAUUCUUAGAUUAUCGCAACAAGACUAUAGAAAGAAUCAGGAAUACAUUGCCAAACACUUUGCUUUUAUGCAAAAACAAAUAGGUUACGAUAUAUUGGCCGAAGACACUAUUACUGCGCUUCUCCAUAAUAACAGGAAAUUACUGGAAAAGCACAUUACUGCUGCGGAAAUCGAGACAUUCGUUGGUUUGGUUCGAAAAAACAUGCACAACUGGGAGUCGAGAUUCUUAGACUAUCUAUCAGAUCUCUGCAUAUCGAAUAAGAAAGCAAUAGCCGUUACUCAGGAAUUGAUUUGCAAAAGUGUCCUUAGCGAGAAGAACAAAGAUAUAUUAAUAGAGACUAGCAUGGUCAAGACUCAAGUAGAACUGGAAGCCGUGGUUAUGAGUGAUGAUGUGCAGGAGAACGACGAAGAGCCACACAUUACUAUCAUAGAGGAAUUCGAAGUGUUUCUUAUAUGGAAUGAUGGAAAUCGAUCGAUGUCUUUGAACGAGUUAUCGAGGGGAGCGAAAAUGGGCAACGUCGAAGAUGCAGCGAUAUUAGAUUAUUACAGGCACCAGUUGAAUUUGUUUAGUAAUAUGUGUCUUAAUAGACAGUAUCUAGCACUUAAUAACCUUUCGCCGCAUUUGGACAUCGACUUGAUUUUAAAAUGCAUGGAGGAUGAGACUGUACCUUACGAGUUGCGAGCUUCGUUCUGUAGAUUAAUGCUGCAUCUUCACGUUGAUCGAGAUCCACAGGAACAAGUUGUACCAGUUAAAUAUGCUCGGCUCUGGUCGGAAAUACCAUCGAAAAUGAGUAUUAACGAUUACGAUACUAAUAAGAUGCCAGAUCAAAGCAAAGAGGCUGUUAGAGCGAGGUUUAGCUCUACAAUAAUGUUCGUCGAAGAUUAUUUGUGCAACGUAGUGGCAAAAAUGUGGUCUUUCGCCGAUCAGGAGCAAAACAAACUCACGUUUGAGGUCGUCAAAUUGGCUCGAGACUUGAUUUACUUUGGAUUUUAUAGUUUUAGCGAUCUUUUAAGGCUGACGAAAACGUUACUUAAUAUAUUGGACUGCGUCUCUGAGAACGAAGCGUCUGAAAGAAAAGUUCCAACCGGUGACAUUGAUUCCGAAUCUGUGGAAUCGGAGGAUUCAGCCGAAGGUGGAGUGCUUCGCUGCAUCGGUGACAUGGGCGCUGUGAUGACGAAUCUAACUCUAGGACCAGCCGGUCAGGUGAUAGCAGGAACUUCGUCACCUCUGCCCAAAACUGCUGCUUCCGCUAAAAAAGAAUAUCCUCUGGUCAUGGACACAAAACUCAAGAUCAUCGAGAUUCUGCAGUUCAUACUGGACGUCCGGCUAGACUACCGGAUAUCCUGUUUACUGUGCAUUUUCAAGAAAGAGUUUGACGAGACCGAGAGAGCGUCCGGAGAUGUGAGCCAGAAAGCUAUCGAUCUGGAGUCCAUCGGUACACAAGCCGAGGGUAUUUUUGGCAGCAGUGAAGAGUGCGCGGCAUUGGAUUUGGACGGAACCGGUGGACGAACGUUUUUACGAGUUUUGCUUCACUUGGCUAUGCAUGAUUAUCCACCUUUAGUUUCUGGUGCACUUCAUCUUCUGUUCAGACAUUUUAGUCAGAGACAGGAAGUUUUGCAAGCCUUCAAACAGGUUCAACUUUUAGUAUCGGACAGUGACGUCGAGUCGUAUAAACAAAUAAAGGCUGAUUUAGACGUGUUGCGUCAAUCGGUUGAAAAGUCCGAGUUAUGGGUGUACAAGUCAAAAGCUACAGAAGAACAUGCAAAUAAGAAGAAGGGUAAAAGUAACAAAGAGGAUGAGGAUGAAGGUACGACUCCGAGAAAAACGCCUCCUCAGCUGUCGUCGAUGGAAAAGAAAGGUUCGGCGAUAGACUUGGACGUGGGCCCACCGCUGCACGCCGAACAGGCCGAAGAGUACCGUAAAAUUCAGCAAAUCUUGAUUCGCAUGAACAAGCUUUGCAUUCAGACAUUGCCUGGUGGCCAGGUGAAGCCGCGCAAGCACGAGCAGCGCCUUCUGCGCAACGUCGGCGUACACACAAUCGUCUUAGAUCUUCUGCAGGUGCCAUUCGAUGCUAAAGAAGAUGUUCGCAUGAUCGAGCUCAUGCGAUUAGCGCACGAUUUCUUGCAAAACUUCUGUCUAGGCAAUCAGCAGAACCAGGUACUGCUCCACAAACAACUCGAUCUCUUCCUCAACCCGGGCAUCAGAGAGGCCCAGACCGUCUGCAGCAUCUUCCAGGACAACUCGACACUCUGCAACGAAGUCAACCCGAAAGUCAUACAGCACUUCGUGCACUGCAUUGAGACACACGGCAAGCACGUACAAUAUCUCAAGUUCCUGCAGACUAUCGUUAAGGCGGAAAAUCAGUUCAUCAGGAAGUGUCAAGAAUUGGUUAUGCAGGAGUUGGUCCAAGCGGGUGAAGAUGUGCUGGUUUUCUAUAAUGACAGAGCGUCUUUCAAUCACUUUGUCGAGAUGAUGAGGUCGGAGAGACAUCGAAUGGACGAAAGUAGUCCGUUGAAAUAUCACGUUGAGUUAGUCAAAUUGCUGGCGUGUUGCACGAUGGGCAAAAAUGUAAAUACUGAAAUCAAGUGCCAUAGUCUUUUACCUCUGGACGACAUUGUUGCCAUGGUAUCACAUCCAGACUGUAUACCAGAGGUGAAGGAAGCGUAUAUCAAUUUUUUGAACCAUUGCUACAUCGAUACGGAAGUCGAAAUGAAAGAGAUCUACACGUCGAAUCACAUGUGGUCUCUCUUUGAAAAAUCUUUUAUAGUCGACAUGGGACUCAUAGCGACGGCCACCCACGACCGCGAACAUGCCGAUACUGCUCUUGAGAAUUACGUUACCAACUGCCUCAUGAGUAUUAUCACAACAUUCUUUAGCAGUCCGUUCUCCGACCAGAGCACAACAGUCCAGUACAUCAUACUCGAGAAACACCUGCACGAAGCCAGGCUCUAUUGGAACAUGAAGGAUUACGACCGUAGCAGUGAUACUAAUUUCACUGACUAUACAAGGCAGCCCAUAUUCGUCCAACUGCUUCACGCGGCGUUUAAAGUGUCCCAGUGCGUCUGGCUGAACGCAGGUCAGCGAUUCAGCGUUGAAAACUGCAUCCGUACACUCUCAGAUGUUGCCAAAGGAAGAGGAAUUGCCAUCCCUACCGAUCUAGAGAGUCAGGUCGCCUCGAUGUUCAACAAGGCCGCGAUGCUCAGCAGACAGACGAGCAAGUGGUUACAGGCGGCAAAGCAGCCCAAGAUCGAGCGAAGCCAAAGUCAGUUGAUGCGACUCGACCGUAGCAUCAUCGAAGGGUUGCAAGAUAUCGUGUCGUUACUCGAGGAACAGCUUAAGCCAUUGGUGCAGUCAGAGCUAUCUUUGCUGGUUGAUAUACUGUACAGGCCGGAGCUGCUCUUUCCCGUGGCAACCGAUGCGCGAAAGCGAUGCGAGAAUGGCGGUUUCAUACGGAGAUUAAUAAAGCACACGGAGAAGCUACUGGAGGAGAAGGAAGAGAAGCUGUGCGUGAAGGUGCUACGAACCUUGCGCGAAAUGAUGGCGAUAGAUCCAGAGUACGGGGAAAAGAACGAGGACAGCCUGUGCUGCUCCGAUAUUGCUCAAAAUGCGCCUCCGACACCGGCGGUCCAGCCAGAGCCAGAACCGGCUUCGACGAUCGCGUCCGAAGAACAGCCUUCGCGAGAGAUUACAGCCGAGACUAACGACAGCGGCUACUUUUCACCGGUUGUUGGUGACGGUGGUGGUGGUGGUGGUAGUAGUGGUGGCGGAACUAGUGCUGAAGGGUCUAUUACUGGCGACGAGCUACAGCAACAGGAACGGGUAAUCAACAAGUUACAGCAGCAGCAGCCGCAACUGACACAACAACAACAACAACAACAACUGCCUAGAAUUCCAGUCGAUAAAGGAGAAUCGUUGCGAAACAAUUUGCUGGCGCGAUACUUUGGCAAGAGCUUCCUUCAAAAACCGGAGAAUGUGGAUAUCGGCGCACCUUGUACAAUGCCGGUCACGCAUGGACCAGGAGCAAAAAUGCUCAGCCGUGCUGGUCGAACGUUGCACGAAGUUCAAAGUCAUCUCGACCGGGAAGGAGCAUCGGAUCUCGUCGUGGAGUUGGUGAUCAAGAGUGUGCAUUCGCCAAGCAUAUUCGUCGAAGCUGUGGAAUUAGGGAUCGCUCUGCUGGAAGGCGGAAAUCCCAUUAUUCAAAAAAGCAUGAUCACGAAACUCAUGGGUGGCGAUCUAAGUCAAUCGUUCUUUAAGGUAUUUUACGAUAAAAUGAGAGAUUCUCAGCAAGAGAUUAAAGCAACAGUCACUGUCAAUACCUCGGACAUGGCAGCCAAAGCUCAUGAAGACAAAGCUCACGAAGCUAAGGAGCUUGAAAAAGUUUCGAAGAAAAGAGCUUCAGGCAAACCAAACGGCAUUGUGAUAACAGAGGAUCUACGCAACGAGCUGAGCGUCGAGAAUGCCUCGACAGCCCAAGCGUACGCUGCGGUGCGCAAUCUGGCUCCCGUAGAAGACAUCGCCGGAAAUCCGGCACUGCACAGUGCUCUCGAGGAUAUGCUUGCGGAGAAGCAAGAGAGACACCGAGCGGGCUCAGGUGCCGAGCGUGACGAGGCUCAGCUCAACGCCAAAGUUCUCGUGAUGCAGCCGAUUCUGCGUUUCCUUCAGCUGCUGUGUGAAAACCACAACCGCGAACUUCAGAACUUCCUUCGGAAUCAAAAUAACAAGACCAACUUCAAUCUUGUCUCGGAGACGCUUAUGUUCCUCGAUUGUAUCUGCGGAUCGACGACUGGUGGUCUUGGUCUUCUUGGGCUGUAUAUCAAUGAGUACAACGUUGCGUUGAUCAAUCAGACACUAGAAACACUCACCGAGUAUUGUCAGGGUCCCUGUCAUGACAACCAGAAUUGCAUCGCCACGCACGAGUCGAACGGUUUGGACAUCAUUACGGCUCUGAUAUUGAAUGAUAUUAACCCACUGGGCAAGUCCCGCAUGGACCUUGUGCUCGAACUUAAGAACAACGCGAGUAAGCUUCUACUUGCCAUCAUGGAGAGUAGAGGUGACAGCGAAAACGCCGAGAGAAUAUUGUACAAUAUGAACCCAAAACAACUGGUAGAUGUGGCUUGUACAGCGUUUCAUCAGGAAUCUCUUGACGAUGACGCUGAUGCCGACGACUCGUCGAAUGAUGGGGACGAUGCAGUUUCACCCAAAGAGGUAGGGCACAACAUCUAUAUUCUUUGCCAUCAGCUGGCUCAGCACAAUAAGGAGCUCGCAUCAUUGCUCAAACCAUCAGAGCAAAGUUCCGCGGAUCCAAAGACUAACAAGGCGUUGCAGUACUACGCAACUCACACAGCACAAAUUGAAAUCGUAAGACAUGACAGAACCUUGGAACAGAUCGUAUUUCCGAUACCGGAGAUUUGCGAACUCAUUACGCACGAUACGAAAAUUCGGGUUCUCCACACGGCUGAGAGAGACGAUCAAGGGUCAAAGGUUUCAGACUUUUUUGAGAGAACGGAGGACAUGUUUAAUGAGAUGAAGUGGCAGAAGAAACUCAGAGGACAGCCUAUGUUGUUCUGGGUCAGCAGUUACAUGUCUCUGUGGAGCAACAUUCUAUUCAACUGUGCAGUUCUUAUAAAUAUUAUUGUUGCGUUUUUCUAUCCAUUCACCGACAACGUACCAAAACUAAAUUCUCAUGUGUCCGGUCUCAUUUGGACAUGUAUGAUCUCGUCAGCGGCGAUCGUUUUAUGUUUAGGCAAGGAAUCUGCUGUGCGCACAUUAGUUCUGGCAACGAUAUUAAGAUUGAUUUUUUCGAUGGGUCCCGAACCAACGUUAUGGUUACUUGGUUUUCUCACAGUCGCCUUCAAAGUAGUACAUCUCAUUAGUAUAAUAGGAAAUCAGGGUACUCUAACCAAAAAUUUAGAACAAAUAGUAACUAACGUUGAGUUACUUUACCACAUAUUGUAUUUAAUAUUUUGUGUGCUAGGAAUAUGUAUGCAUCCUUUCUUCUUCUCAGUUCUUUUGUUUGAUGUAGUAUAUCGCGAAGAAACGUUAUUAAAUGUCAUAAGAUCCGUCACGAGAAAUGGAAGGUCUAUUAUACUCACAGCGGUCCUAGCAUUGAUUUUGGUGUAUAUGUUUUCAAUCAUUGGCUAUAUGUUCUUCAAAGAUGACUUUUUGGUUAGCGUUGAUGAAGAAAUUAUAUCAUCUGCCGCAGAAGAGAUGAUGGGUAGUUGUACAAACGAAAAUCAACGCUGUGAUGUUACUGAAACAAUAUCAAGAUUAACUAAAAGAGAUGAUGCAGAUUUGAUUCCUAGUGGUGAGGUAGUCAAUGUUGGCGGAGAACUAAAAGAACGAGCUUGCGAUUCACUUAUAAUGUGUAUUAUCACUACGUUAAAUCAAGGUUUGAGAAACGGAGGAGGUAUAGGUGACAUUUUAAGAGCUCCGUCAAGCACAGAGCCUCUAUUCGUUGCACGAGUGGUCUACGAUUUGCUCUUCUUCUUCAUUGUCAUUAUUAUUGUUCUGAAUCUGAUUUUCGGUGUUAUCAUCGAUACGUUCGCCGAUUUGCGUUCCGAGAAACAACAAAAGGAACUCAUUCUUAAGAACACGUGUUUCAUCUGUGGCCUGAAUCGUUCAGCCUUCGAUAACAAGACGGUAUCUUUCGAAGAGCAUAUAAAGCACGAGCACAACAUGUGGCAUUACUUGUACUUCAUCGUCCUGGUCCGCGUGAAGGAUCCGACCGAAUUUACCGGACCCGAAUCCUACGUCUACAUGAUGGUUAAGGAUCGAAAUCUAGAGUGGUUCCCACGGUUGAGAGCUAAGUCACUGGCGGCUGAUGAAGGCGAGGGAGAGCAAGUGGAGUUAAGAAGCCUUCAGUCACAGCUAGAGAUGACUCAAUCACUAGUCAAAUGUUUGUCCCAACAGUUGACCGAACUUCGAGAUCAGAUGACGGAGCAGAGAAAGCAAAAACAGCGAUUGGGGCUUUUGAAUUCUGCAUCGGCAUUCCUUCACAAUGUACCCUCGUAAAUUAGGUUAGCUUUUACUUAUCUUCAAGGCUCAACAUUGUUAAUAAAAAAUAAAUCCAUACGAGGUAAAAUCGGGAAAAUUUGUUGGGAAACACAGCAGUUUUUUCUGUAUGGGUUAAUCAAAAAUAUCAAAUGUAUAGAUCCAGGACACACGCAAUGAACACACAUUUUGAAAGUAAUUAUAGUGGCGUAGUAUGUUUCGGUGUAUAAAAUAAUUAAAGAGAAACGUGCAACGCGCAUUGCAAUUAUGCAUUAGUAACUCAUGCUAUUAAUGAUUAUUGAAAUUCUCGCUGUGAAAACCUCAAUAUUUUGUUACUUUCUGAAAAAAAGUGACAAAUCACAAAAAUUGCAUACAAAUUUUAGAAAUAUAGACUAUUGCAAAAUGGAGAAUUAUUGUAUAAACUCAUUAUACUUAUCAUGGUUGAAAGUCAUGAAAACUUAGUACUUAGAGAUAUUAAAAGUUAAUUUGUUAUUAAAUCAGAGAACCAGAUGUUUUUAAGAUGAAUUUAAAGUGUUUCUUUCUACACAUACGUGUGUUCUAUUGAACUUUAUUAAAAUAAUCGUCAUAUAAAUACUAUGCCGAUAAUAUAAUAAGAAAAAAAUAUAAUAUUAAUAAGAAGGUAAUGAUUGUGGAAAUAUAUAUUCAAAGCUGUAAAAUCAGCUAAUAAAGUUUCUUAUUUCAUUUUUUUAGCUUCAGGAAUCUCAAAUAUGUCUUGUUGUAAUAGAUAAGAAAUUUUAUGAAAGUAUAUUAAAUAUAAAUAUAUUAUCAAUUUUCGUCGAUCGAAGAUUUUUAAGUCUGUUAAAGAAGGUCUCCAUUAUUGCGUACGUAUACUGUAAAAGAUUCGACAAUCGUUUAUACAUUCAUGUUUUCGUGCAUCGCACCAAAAACUUGUUAGGAAUCAUUUUUCUUCAUUCGAUGAAGUAAAUAUUAUAAACGAGUUAUAUUGUUAUCUUUUUUAAACAAUUUAUGUAUGUAUAUUAGUAUUUAGAUGAUUAAUCAUGCAUUCUAUUCAAGGCGACAAAAGUUAAUAUAACACGGUACUGUAUUGUACAAAUUUUAGGAUAUCAUUUAAAAGUUUAAAUAAUUACAAAAUUUGAGAAUAUUAUUAUUUAAAAAUAUAUUUUUUUAAUAAUAAAGUAUUUUGUUUAAAUCAUCACUCAUAGUUAGAAACGUGAUUAUAAGAGCUUAAUUAUUUCAAAAGUUUUUAACUCAUGGGUUUGAAGUCGUUGAUAUGUAAUACUAAAAUUUUAAUUUUCAUCGUCGUUAAUUCUUCCCAGCAUAGGCAAUCGUUUAAUAAUUUGUUAAAAUGUAAAUAACAAUGUGUAUCCAGUCUGAACCACACUUACAAAUAUUUAUAAAGAUUAUUAGUGUAGAUUUUUCUUAUUCUUAAAAAUUUGUGUCUCUAUAUUUGCCAUCUUCAUAUACAUUUUCUUUGUGUGAAUGAUUGUAUAACUCUAUAAAAAUAUUUUCAAUAAACAAGAAGUACUUUUCAGUCUGUAA